AUGACUUGGCUCAAGACGGUGCCUAAAACCGCCACCUUCACCAAGUAUAUGCCUCCAGAUCCCUCUGUGCCGACAAUUGAGUCCGCAGAAGAGGCCAAAGAUCAGCUGCAAAGAAAGGCGCGUCUUGUAAACGGUGCAUUCACUUGGGUUAAACCCGCGAAGCGGGAUGUGUACAACCUGCGAUGGGUGUUUCCGGCAGCCCUGGAAACACUAGAUAUUCCCGUAUCCGAUACGCAGGAGAAGCUUUUCGUGGAUACGUUUGCUGGGCAGCAUGUAUUCACCUCUCCGGAGCUCUAUCCUUGGGCGCAGAAUUAUGCGGGGUACCAGUUUGGAAACUGGGCAGGUCAGCUUGGCGAUGGCCGGGCGAUUUCGCUAUUCGAAGUGCGGAAUCCAAAUUCAGGUAUCCGUUACGAAAUUCAACUCAAAGGAGCUGGGCUGACACCGUAUUCUCGCUUCGCCGACGGGCUCGCAGUUCUUCGAUCUAGUAUUCGCGAGGCACUAGCGUCGGAGAGUUUGCACGCUCUAGGUAUUCCGACGACACGUGUUUUGGCGUUAACAGAUCUCCCAGAAACCAAAGCUCGCAGAGAACGUACAGAAACGUGCGCAAUUGUUACCCGCUUCGCUGAGAGCUGGGUCCGAAUUGGUACGUUUGAUCUCUACCACAGCCGCAACGAUCGUGAGAAUGUCCGCCAGCUUGCAGAUUACUGCAUUGAUCAGGUUCUGUCGCUAGACACGAGCGGUGCAACGGCAGAUCAGAACCGUUAUUAUCAUCUGUUCAAAGAGAUCACGACAAGGAACUGCAAGAUGAUAGCCCAGUGCCAAGCCUAUGGGUUUUUGAAUGGUGUUUUGAACACGGACAACACCUCGGUACUCGGUUUGAGUAUGGACUACGGUCCUUUUGCUUUUAUGGACAAUUUUGAUUUUUCGUUUACUCCAAACCACGACGACGGUGAGCUUCGCUACAGUUACCGGAACACUCCAACCAUGAUCUGGUGGAACUGUGUGCGUUUGGGUGAAGCCCUGGGAGAGCUCAUGGGUGCUAGCGACGUUGAUGAUGCUGGUUUUAUCGAGAACGGUACUACUGAUAAAGCAGCGCGUCGGGCUGUUGCGGAAAGGGCUACUAAACUUAUUAUGGAUAUGGGGGAAGAGUACCAGGCCCUUUAUGAGUCUGAGUUUACAUCAGUUAUGUGCAGACGGCUUGGUCUCUUGACGGUCGAAAAGGACGACUAUGACGAGCUAAUUUCACCUUUGCUUGAGAUGAUGGAAAAGUCCGAGGUGGAAUACAACGGCUUUUUCCGAAAGCUCGGAAGCGUAGCCUUUUUCAAUGGCUCUCUGACGUCCGGCUCUGUUUUCUUGCCCAAGAAUCGAGCCCAGCUCCCGAAUUUGUCCGUUGAAGACGCUACGAGUGCUAUUGAUGAUUGGCUGGUACUCUAUGCUGCCCGCCUCGAGACUGAAAAGAACACUGAUGAUGCCGACAGAAAAUCGCGCACGAGCAAGGUGAAUCCCAAUUUCGUUUUGAAAAAUUGGGUGCUCCAAGACAUAAUUUCCAAGGCCCAAGCAGGCGACUGGGCGCCGUUCAAUGCCGUGGCGAAAAUGACGGUUUCCCCGUUCGAGUCCUCCUGGGACGUUGGCUACGAAAACUAUCUCGAUGAAACUCCUACAGAUUCUAGGGGUAUUACGUGCUCAUGUAGCUCUUAG